AUGACUUCUCUCGACUUGGGCCAUCUUCCCUCGCUGUGGCGACAGCACCUGCUGUCGGAAUUUGCCGGUCUGAAGCAAGCCUGCCCCGAAGGAGUAUUCGUCAGCUUGACUCCUGGCGAUCCGUCCUUGUGGUCGGCCGUGCUCUUCGUCCGCCAUGGCCCGUAUGCGCCAGCGGUUCUUCGAUUCCAAAUUUUGUUUCCCGAUGCCUAUCCUCGAGCGCCGCCGCUGGUUACCUUUUCAACCGACAUCUUCCACCCCCUCAUCACGCCCCUGACGACACACAUGUAUCCCACGAGCGGUGAGAACGAUGGGAGCACUACCGAGAGGCCGAAGCUACCUCCUGGCGGCUUCAGCUUAGAGCACGGCUUCCCGGAGUGGUUCGGCGGCUCUCGAAGGCGCGCGGGCGGAAGCCGUCAAAGCAGUCGUGAGCGAAGAGGCGCCUCGCCGUCGGCAGCGUCUACGACGUCAGCGCCAUCUACGAGCGACAAGUCGCCAGCGGUGCCGCCGAAGGAUGUACCCCCCAAGGAUGUUCCGCCCAAGGAAGUCCCGCCGUACAUGCAGACAGACCGAAAGACCAUUUCGACAUACUCGCUGUUAAAGUAUAUCCGAAGCACGUUUGACAAGGCCGAGGUCCUCGACGCCGUCCCUCUUUCCGCUGCAGGCAACCCAGGUGCUUGGCAUGCGUGGCGUACGCAUCGACGCAAGGAAGGAAAGGUUUUUGAGGAGAAGAAAGGUCACAGAUUGAGCAGGCUGAGCAGGCUCAGUAUCAUUGAUGGGCUGCCCAAGUUCCCUAGCAGCGAGCAGGGCGAUGCCGCAGCGUCUGAUGCCAAGAGUAUAGCCUCUCAGUCCACCACUCGCGAGCCCGGAGAUUGGAACUGGGACGGUGUCUGGGAAGACAGGGUGAAGAAGGGUGUGGCGUCUACCCUGACCGAGUCGGUGCUAUACGGCGCCUCUGGAAUAUCUGAUGACAUGAUUCAUUUCCUGGCGCUGGAAGAGGGGACUAUCGAGGCGGUCAAAGGCAAUCUUCGCCGAACACUGGAUGCCUCAGCCUGA